AUGGCAUGUGUAAAUGACGGUAUUACAUUUGAAUAUAAGAGAAACGCUGUUGAAUUUUGGAAACCUCAUGAUACAGGGAAGACAAAAUUGUUUGAGACCGUGAAACGUAGAUUUCGGAAAGUAACAUCUCUACGCCAGUUACAAAGAUGGCAAGAACAAGUGAACAGAGGAGGGACUAGAUUGGAGAAGUGGAAAAGAAUUUCAUCAUAUACAUUGGACAAAUUCCAAGAAGCUCUUGAGAGAGGGGUAAUCAUCCACGAUAUUGAUAUUGUUCGAUGGGUCCUUAAAGCAAAAGAGGAGAUUAAUUUACCAGAAUAUGGAGCAUCGGCCACAUGUGGUUUCCAAUUAGAAUGUCAUAGUGGUUGUUCUUUAGCAAUUAGAGGGUCAAAAAAGAUAGAAUGUACGGCACAAUCGAUAUCGGCAACUACGCAUAGCUAUACGAUUCAACCAACAAUAUCAGGCGAUGGUAGAUUAUUAUCGCCUUUUUCCAUCGUUUUAAAAGAACCCACUGGAUCAUUCGGUCCGCCAGUUCAAGAAACAAUGUUUAGAGAAAGAAAUCUUUCUGUUUUGGCCUCAAAAUCUGGAAAAUUAACUUCACAUCAUUUUGAAAUUUGGUUGAGAGAGGUUUAUUUUCCAAAUGUUGGUCCUAAAUCAGUUUUAUUAUUGGAUUCGUGGACUGGUCAUUGCCCGGAUGUAAUUGCCAGAAAUAAACCAGAAUCUGCACGAGAUUCUGUUUUUCUAACUAUACCAGCAGGGACAACUGGUCAAAGACAACCAUUAGAUGGGUGCGGUAAAAACAAUUUAUUUCAUGACUUUUGGGACACACCCUGUACAUGCAAUGAAUUAACUAGUGAUGAAGGUAACGUUUCAAUAUAUAAUUCUGAAUAUGAUAGGAACGAAAGUAGUGAGGAAGAUAAUAAUGCGGAAGAAAUUAUAGAAUUGAGAAGGAAUGAUGUAGUUUGUCAUAACGAUAAUCACGUAGAAAUUCAACAUGAGAUAAGUAAUGAAGACGGUGAUGGUUGUCAAUAUAUACAAAAAUUUCUUGCAUCUUGGGCAAAUGAAUGUAAUAUUUCAUUUUCAGCUUUAUCAUCAUUAUUACGUGGAUUGAAAAAAUUGAAUGGUCUUGACAGAUUACCAUCGGAUCCACGAACUCUCUUGAAAACUCCAAGAUUUACAAAUAUAUUUACUGUAGCCCCUGGAAAAUAUUACCAUUUUGGCUUGAAGCAAGGGAUUUUGAAUAUAUUAUCAAAAACUGAAAACUUACCAGAAUGCGUACAAUUAUGUAUUAACAUUGACGGACUACCGAUUUUCAAAUCUACGGAGAAACAAUUUUGGCCGAUAUUAGGAUCAAUACAUCUAUAUGAAACAGUAUUCCCGAUUGGUAUUUACUAUGGUUCAGAAAAACCUUUAGAUGUAAAUCAUUUUUUAAGUUACUUUAUUGCUGAUGCAACGAAAUUGUGCACCGAAGGAAUUAAUGUUAAAAAUAAAAAUAUUUCUUGUAUUUUACAUGCGUUAAUCUGUGAUGCACCUGCUCGGGCAUUUGCAUUGCAAGUUAAAGGUCAUACUGGCUACAACAGUUGCUUCAAGUGUACUAUUAAAGGUCGGUAUACUCUAAACAGAGUUUGUUUUCCUAGAAUUGAUGCUCCGAGUAGAACCGAUGAUGAUUUUAAAGCAAAAACCGAUGAAGACUACCACAAAGAUAAUGUUACAUGUGAUUUACUGAAAAUUCCACAUUUUGGGCCUGUUACAAAUGUUCCAUUAGACUAUAUGCACUUAGUGUGUUUAGGAAUUGUCCGAAAAAUAGUUAAUUUAUUACUAACUGGUGAUUUAAAAUAUCGUAUUGGACGAUUUUCAAAGGAAAGAAUAUCGUCAUCACUGAUUUCAUACGAAAAAUGGAUGUCUCGUGUUUUUGUAAGAAAACCAAGAUCACUAAAACAUGUUGCAAUGUGGAAGGCAACUGAGUUUAGACAAUUAUUAUUAUACAUUGGACCCAUAGCUCUAAAAUAUAUACGCUCUGAUAUAUAUAAUCAUUUCAUAUCUGUUGAGACCAUUCUUCAUAUCUAUGUACUAAGCAAAUACGUAUGACCAUUCUUUAUGUCUAUAUCCUAAGCAAAUAAGUAUACGACGUCGUGCACGACAAGCCGAACACUCGAUGCGUCACAAAAGGAACACUCGAUGCGUC